AGCGGGUGUACAUGCCUAAAAUUUCAUUUGACUAAGAGCGUGUGUACACGCCUUACAUUUUAUUUCGCUAAUAGCGUGUAUACACGCCUUACAUUUUAUUUCGCUAAGAGCGUGUGUACACGCCUUACAUUUUAUUUCGCUAAAGCGUGUGUACACGCCUUACAUUUUAUUUCGCUAAGAGCGUGUGUACAUGCCUAAAAUUUCAUUAUGUUAAGAGCGCGUGUACUCGCCUAACAUUUCAUUUCGACGCCUAAUAUUUCAUUUCGCUAAGAGCGUGUUUACACGCGGUUUGACUCACCAAUCUGAAUUCAGUCUCUUCUGCAAACACGUGACUAGUCUUAAUGGUUUAAAAGUAGACUCAUUUGGAGUAUUAUAUCACAAUCUUUUCUCUUUAACAAAAACUUUUCAAUUAUCUCGAGCCUUGUUAACCAAACAAGUCAAAUUAUAAGAGCCCUUUUCUUGUUGUGUUAUCUUCCUACACAAGACAUAAAAACAAACGGUUUGACUAUCAAACGACCACGACUUAUUGAAAUGAGCUUUCUGAUAAUCAUGUAUUCUAAAAUGGAAUUUUCCAAAAGAGAACACGACUUAUUUUGAUUGGAGCCCGAAGUGAGCGUGUCAGCGGUAUUUGUAGCAGGUGCGCGGCGCUCUGUUUGUGCAGGUGACGCGAGCGCUCAGAUGAUGACGUGCCGCCGCCAUUUAUCAGAAUACGAGAAACACUCACGUCGAAAUUUUAUCAAGAGAAAACUUGACCAUCGCUUGUGAUAAGAAACCACGCAGACCACAAAGUGGUUUGUCGUGUUACGCGCUGUUCCGGAAAUCGCGCCAUAGUGGGGCAUUAAAGAUACAUGAGAGACAUCUUAUUCCGUAUUGUUUAAUAGUUAUCCUUUUAGGCUUCUUGUAAGCCUUUGCAAAUUUUUCAAAAGUAAGAAACGCGGUUUAAUUAGCCCUUAACAUAACGGAUUACCUACUCGAGUCCAAGAUUGGAGUUUUUUUUUUUUAUUCUACUGGUGUCCGUAACAACCCAAUGCAGUCUCGCCUUCUUUCUCGGUUUUAUUAUGCUAAAUCUAUUGAUGAGCUGUGAAUUGAAUAAUCAUAGUCCGUAAAUAGUUUAAAACAGGCUGCAUUUACCCAGCCGUGUUAAGUGUUGUAGAAAAUCGAAAUGUGUCGGGGAUAAGGCGGCCGCUUUUGACAGAACAAAUGGCGAAGUGAAAAUAAAAAGGAGAUAUUUGAGAAGUGAACAGGCGUCUUGAUUUCUCAAGUCGGAAGUAGAUAGUUGGUGAAGUGAGCAUGUCGGCGCUGUGGACCUGUCGAAUACGAUUCUUUUGCACCCUCUAGUCGUAUCGGCUGCGUUUGUUGAAGCCACAGGAAGUAAAGGAUUUCUUCUCAAACUCAUUACCUCUCAUCAUUACCAAGGAUAAGUGAAUCUCGCGGCAGAUGUCGUCUCAUUGCUCUCGAUACGUAAGAAUUUGAGGAUUUAGCGAGCCAAGUAGCCGCAAAUAAAAGUGUUUCUAGCAGGGAGGCUGUUCCGAGACAAGCGAAAUCUAACGAAGGGGACAUUGUACAGUGAAAAAGAAUUGUAAACAAACUGUUGGAAUCGAUCUUGUUGUGACAUUUCGCACUAGCAACAAUAGUGUUUUUGCGGUGAUAAAAGUAAAUCAUUGUGCCAACGAUUUCCGCAUGUCGGCGCGGCUUUUCAAACUUUUCCGAAUCGUGCUGUGCUAAGCCCUCGAGGCUCACACCAUCGCUUUCGGAUGCAGCUCAAAAGGAACAAUUGUCCAAACAAUAGGCACAAAUUGCGCGCCAGCUCUCGUUGACAUAACCAGCGACAAACAAAAGACUGUUGAAGGUUUGUUUUUCACGGCACAAAGAAUCUCGAUGUCAGUGGGUUUUGUGAAAGCCUGUCACAUCUAGUACGUCAAUAUUCGAAUUGACAGGCGCAGCCAUAGGCACAAAGAUCGGUCUUUACACACGACAGUCGUGAAAACUCACUGUUAUUCUUUGGCGUUAAUUAGACCAUAACAACCCGAAGCUCUGGCGAUUUUGAUGGCUUUUCGCUACGGCGCUUGAUUUGCCUAAUUGAGGCCGUAAAUUUUCGGGUGAGAGCUUAAGUGCAAUUGCCUUAUUGUAUUGAACGUUUUCAGGCUUGUUUGGGUGUUUCGGAGGGAUCGAGUGAAAACCAGCUGUCUUCAGUGCAAUCGCAAGCCGCCUCCCACAGCCCCGCGAAAACACAGCGUAACGUAUGCAUAAAUUUCACGCAACGCUCACGGGUAGUUAACAUAAGCAGUGGUGACUCCUGACAGUCGGAUCUGUGGACUGCGUUUGACUCGUGCACUCGUAAUACUUGCGCCACAUCUUCAGGCGAACAUGGUUCAGCAGUGCGCUGGAUGUCAGCUCCCAAUCGCAGAUAAAUUCUUAUUGAAGGUUUUAGAUGGUGUGUGGCACGCGCAAUGUGUCCAAUGUAGCGACUGCAAGUGCCCAUUGACAGAGCGAUGUUUCUCACGAGAAGGCAAACUCUUCUGCAAAACCGACUUCUACAGACGAUACGGGACCAAGUGCUCAGGCUGUGAUCAAGGGAUCUCGCCAAACGAUAUGGUUCGUCGAGCAAAACACUUGGUUUUCCACGUUGACUGUUUUGUCUGUUCCUACUGCAAGCGCCAAAUAACAACAGGCGACGAGCUAUACUACAUCGGAGAUGGCAGUUUCAUCUGUAGGGACGAUUAUUAUCAUUCCCAUCCGACCAACCUUGAUGAUGCCAUAGAUGAGCCAAAGGAUCUAAGUUACGGGUUGGACGAGGAUUUGGACGCCGCACUGGCGAGCAAGCGACGUGGUCCGCGAACAACUAUUAAAGCCAAGCAGCUAGAGGCCUUAAAAUCUACUUUUGCGGCAACUCCUAAGCCGUCCAGAAACAUUCGAGAAAAACUCGCUCAGGAAACGGGUCUAAAUAUGCGCGUAAUUCAAGUGUGGUUUCAAAAUAGAAGGUCUAAAGAGAGGCGAUUGAAGCAAUCAGGGGGGCAGACCCCUACAUCUCGACCAUCCAGGCCUUCGCGUAGGUCCCGAAUCGCUCGCAAUAAUAGUGAUGGUAGCAACGAAAGUCAACAGGAACUCCAAAACUCUUCGCACCUCAAUUACCAACAAGAUCUACAAACUCCACCUAGCCACUACGGAAACCCGUCGAAUUUCAGCGAGUUCUACUCGCAAAACUCACCCGUUCCCGACGGGAUUUCAAUGAACAACUCGCAACUUCAUCCGCAUCCUACGAACUUUGGAUCCGGGCAGCACAUGCGGAGACCCGCCAGCUUGCCUAAUAACGAACUCGCAGAAGGCGGCGGGAUGGCAACUCCGCAAAGUCUGAAUCUAGCCGGUCAGAGCCCGGGAACAGGCGUAUUUCCAGCAGCCAUGCAACAUAAAAGUGCGAUCGCAGGCUCUGAUGAUGUAUGGUGAAUAAUAAUGGCAUGGUUGAUAUCUAUUAUCAGAUGCUAGCGUGUCUCACAGCAAAAAGCGGUGCGUUGGUUGAUCGGAACUGCGCUGGGAUACUCAAAAUGCCUAGAAGUGUUUGGGAGAUCGUAAAGGAAUUGCACACAAUAUGCUGAUUGAUUAAGCGACCAACAUGCUCCUUGCUUUGAAGAUCUCACCCCAGCCCUGGUUCUUAAAGUGCAUUUCACGACCAAGCGUGAAAUUAGACUAGAGGUUGACUCUUUGAUCACACAAUCAUGGUAGCCACGAUAUCGCAGUUCCCAGGGAUCAAGAGGCCCGCUCACGUGAAACCAUAACAAAGUCUUGGCAGAAAGUGAAACAUACUCUGUCGGCAUAUCUAACAAAAACUAUGAUAAAUACUGACAAGAGUUUUAAGUGCAUACAAUCUCAGAGAGAGUCAGAAAUUAUUGAAUAAAAUUUAUGGAUUUGAACAUACACACGGAAUAUAUAGAAAUAUAUAUAGAGCUAUGAACUUUAAAUACUUUUAUACAAAUGUGUAUUCAUAUAUUAUGAUGUAAAUGAAAUAACACACGGAAAAAUGA